UCACAUUGCUUUUCUGCAAUAGAAAAGGAAUAUUUAAAAGGAAACAAAAUACAAUGGGAUGGUGUGUACUUUCCUUGUGACGGGAUCCUGGGAAGUAGGAAAAGCUGAUUUUGAUAUAAAAAAGGACUUUCUACAAACUGGAAGAAUUGUCGAUAAAGCCCUUAUGAGAAAAAUGCCAGAUUCCAGUACGGGAUGAAGCCGUAAGUUUUAUUGUCUCUUAUUCUUUAUUUGAUCAUCUGGAUAUUGACAGAAAAGACUGACAAACAAGGUGACAGGAUGGGUUGCACGCCUUCCCGCAGUGAGAUUGUAAAUCAUAUUGCAAAAAUUGGAGGAAGGACUCUAAAUAAUCCUAAAGGUGUCCUGCCUGUUGAUCCUGGGGACAAAGAGUUCUCAAUUCCAUUGCUGGUCAAAAAUUCAUCUUACUAUAAUACUGAUGAGAGCUCCCAGAGUGGGAGUCAGAUGAAAGAUGGUCUGAAGGAAAAUCAGGAAAAAGUACUGGAAAGGGACAAAAAUGCUAACUUCCAUUUGUCAUCUGAGGAUCAUUCACAUCACAAGAUCCUCAAAGACGACAAGAAAAUCAAGAGGACAGAGGCUGAAACAGCCCUGUCCAAAAUGACUGAGUCUCAAAAAAAUGUAGCUGGGGACACACAGAUCAAAAAGCAAAGCUCCUGUGAAUCAGAAACAACUGCGUGCACUUUGGAUGACAAGAAUGAAAGCAACUCAAAGCAAAUGCCUAAGAAAGCAAAGAAACAAAAAAGCCACAAACAGGCAAAGCAGAGUCGUCACUGCAAAAGCAAAGAAAAGUCCACGCCACCUCUGUGCGAGACUGAGGAAAAGGUGGAUUUCCCAGAGUUGCUUGUUAAAGCCCAUCAGAAUGCUUAUGCCUUCCUAAAUCCCAACCUUUCAAAGUAUGAAGCUAUCCUAUGUAUGGCCAAUCAAGCUACCCAAACUCAGCUGCACUUACAGCAGAUGGUGAGCUUUCUAGUGCUGCGCUUUAAUGAAAUCAACCAGCUCUUGGAAGAAAUUGCCAACGAUGGGGAAGAACUCCUCAAAGAGGUUGGUGGGAAUCUAUUGUGGCCAGCUGGGAAAGAUGAUCCAAAGGAGCAUCCAGAUCUUUUGCAGCAGUUACUACAGUAUACAGUCAACAAAAUGCAGGUGGUAAAUGGAACCGUGGCUUCCCUAACCUCGGAUGCCUUGCAAGAGACAUGCAGCUACUUACAGUCUGCAGUCAGCAAUUUGGAAUUAAAACUGAAGGCAAAGCAAGGUUUUGAUGAACGCUUACUAAAGACCAUAAAAUUGCUUGAAGCCUCUGCAGUGGGACCCUCUGAAUCCCAUGGCAAUGAUAGGACUCUGUAUUCUGAAGACAGUGGUAUUGGUGCAGACAAUGAAUCUGUCAAAGGAUUCAAUUCCCUGGAUAAGCUUGGAAAGGAAGGAAGCUGCAAGGCUUGUGUUUGUGAUCAUUCAUCCCAAAAGCACAUCAGACCACCAGAAGAAUAUAUGGGGGAUGGCACAUCAGCAUUAGUCACAACCAGAUCUCAGGACUAUGCACUCGAAAGGCAUUGUAAAGCAGUAUUUUAUCCGUCUGUGGACAGCAAAAAAGGAAUUCUGUGCCUGGAGUCAGCAAGAGAAGAUCUUUCCAUCAGCCCCCAAUGUUCAAGCCUGAUCAAAAGCCAUUCCCUAAACUCCUUCCUGUCUGAUUCCACCCAGGAAAGUGAACAUUUAAAAAACUGUGAGUCAGUAGAUUAUCCUUCUGAAGAUGAGGAGAGCACUCUGGGGGAGGAGGAGGAUGACAAGGUAAGUUUAUCAGAAAUGGGUAAGGAUCCUCUACUUAAAAGACAAAUGUCUUCACCAGCAGUAACUGAUACUGCAUGGAGAACAGCCACUAAAAGGAUUGAGAAUCCAGAGAAGGAAGAGAUAAUAUUGAAGAUGAAAGAUGCAAUCAGUGAAAAGAUCAAGUUUGUCCCAACUGGAUCUGAACCGAUGGGGUGGGCAGAAGAUGGAAAAGCAGCAGUAACUGCAAGGCCUAGUACAGCAAGUGGCAGUCGGAGACUUGCAGUUAAACAAAGAAGGUCUAGAUCAGAGGAGUCUCUCAGAAGCCAGGCAGAGGACCCAACCCUUUUAGAACUCCAAAGGACUCAAAAGGAGCUCAGCAAAAGACUGGAAAUAUUUUAUGCACUUAAUGGGAGCAAAGAUACUGAUGGAAAGUGGGAGUCCCUAAAACCAAGAGCAGUGGUUUAUGUGCAAGAUGCUGAGCCUACUACUCUUAGGCCUUCUAUCAACAAAUUAAAGGCAUGUCUCUCAAAAAACUUCAGCGUUUUGCCUAAUCAGGAUAAGGUCCCGUUAUAUAGAGCUGAGCAAAAUUCUGCCAGUCAGCCGGAUCAGAGGAGCAGAAGAACGCCUUUAAACGCUGCUGUGUUCACUCAAGAUUCAUCAAAUGGGAAAGACAAUGAACAUCCUGAAAUACAAACAUUGAGCAGUGGCAGUUGUACCCCUCGUAAAUCUGUCAAAAAGCUUAUUGAGACCUUUAGUCCUGCUGAAGGCCUUGUGAAACCUAUUCAUUUAAGACCCUUAGGACCAAUAAAGUGCAUCAAAAAAUAUGGACUUCCAGUAAUGCCUCCCACCCUUCCCUUUCAGAGAGGAUUAGCACCUUUAAGUCACAAGCAUCGUGUCUCACCAAUUGGAGAUACAAACCUUCCAAGCACAAAUGCAACCCACUGUAACUCUUCAGCAGCUCUUCCACCUCCACCUGCUUCAGAAUUAAGCACAAAUGACACAAAUGGAGAAUAUGAUGUAGAUUUUGAGAAUCUGCCCCCACCACCUCCUGAAAUAUUAAUGGACAAUUCGUUUGACUUAUCUGUGUCUGAAGAAAGUAUAAGAAUGGAAGAAAACUCUUCAGAAGAGACUAAAAAGCCUGCCAAAACAGAAAUCCACAUGGCUAAGAGAGCACAAAUUUCUCCAAAGAUGAAAGCCUCCCUAUAUUCUAUUGAUUUAUUACCAAGUAAAAAUAUCAACAGGCCCAAUGUUUUUAUUAGUAAAGUUUUAAGGAACACUGGAGUGGACCCAAAAUUUGGAAUAUAUGCAUCGGAACAGAAUCCUUCCAAUCUCUACAGCCAAGAAAAUACGUUAGCAUCUCAGAGAGAGCAGGAAAUGAAAGAGGCUGCAGAUUUGUAUAAGCAAACUCAUAAAAUAAUACCUCUUCCAUAUCCCAGUGGAUUAUCAAAACAAAACAGAAAGGAAAACCCAUCAGAAAGGAAAGAGUCUGGUAUAAAUUUAGCUUCUGAGCAAAACCCAAAGCAAAGUUCUCCUGAUUCACUCAGGAGAAAUGAGAAAAGCGCAGUUCUCCUUAGAAAAGCCUCUCCCACACGAACACCGCCUUCUUCUCCACCCACUGAGAAACGGCUCUCAAGUCCACCUGUACAUCCCACACACAUUGUGCAGGUUUUUAGCCCUGUGCAGCCAAAUUGUUCUCCUACACACAGGCAACCUAGUCCUCCAACCAGCCCAAAAGUAUCAAGCCCUCCAACACAAAAGAAGAUGUCUUCUCCACCGACUCAACGAAAACUGUCUAGCCCUCCAGUGGGACGCAAACAAAGCCCACCAACUCAGCGCAAGAUGUCAAGCCCUCCAACCAACCGCAGAGAAGCAAGUUCACCUCCAUUCAGUGCCACCCCAUCCCCACCAACUUCUCCAUCUUGGUCAUACAAAGGACUAAAAAUCCCUUCAGAUUCUGGUGAUGAACAACCGCCUCCUUCUUCAAAGGUUGCCAGUAAUGUACAUUCAAUAUUUUGCCCAGCCACCUCUUCUUUAUUUGAAGCCAAACCUCCAUCUCCGCCUAGCAAACCCACUGCCGAGGUCACAGGCAAAACUGAAGUUUCAGGUUUUGCCCCAAAAAACAGUGUUCUGCUCAGACCCUGGGGGGAUCAGUCCAGAAGGCUGGCUGCAAGCGCCAUCAACCCUCAGCCUUUUGUAAAGAGAAGCUUCUCUGACCGCAGACCAGGGUUUCAGCUGAGGCUUCCAGCUCCAGCCUCAGCCAGCAGCGAACCUGCACUUAACCAGCCCAGGUGA